GCAGUGCUUCCAGAGGCUUCCGAGGAGGAACAGCGCGUGGAGACGAGCGGCCUGAGUCGAGAGAGAGCGAGAACAACAGGCAGCCGCCACCCCCCUCCUCUCCUCCUCCUCCUCCCCCUCCCCGGAGCCUUCCUCGCCAGGCGCCCUCCUACGUACGGCUUACAUGGCCACCGGGGGCGACAAGUGCGGCGGAAAGCCGGCGGCCGCGGGGGUGGGCGGCGGUGACCUGUACUCUGUGCUGGGCGUCAACAAGGAGUGCUCCGACGCCGACCUCAAGGUCGCCUACCGGAAGCUCGCCAUGAGAUGGCAUCCGGAUAGAUGCUCCUCCUCCAGCAGCACCAAGCACAUGGAGGAAGCAAAAGAGAAGUUCCAGGAGAUCCAGGGCGCCUAUUCCGUCCUCUCCGAUGCCAACAAGCGCUUCCUCUAUGACGUGGGGGUAUAUGAAGAACAUGAAGAAGAAGAUGAUGACACUCUGCAGGGGAUGGGGGACUUCCUUGGUGAGAUGGCCCAUAUGAUGAGCCAGACGCAGCCAGCGAGACAGGAAAGCUUUGAGGAGCUCCAGCAGCUCUUCGUGGACAUGUUCCAGUCUGAUAUUGAAUCGGGAUUCUGCAACGGACCUGCCAAGGACCAUGACCCAGUCCAAAGACAGACGCGAACAUUCUCGACCCCUCCUUCGCCAUCGCCAUCUCCACCGCCUCCACUAGCUACAGUGGACGAAGCGGCAUCAUGUAAUGGCAUCAAUAAGCGUGGCUCAUCAGCAAUGGGCUCUGGGAAGCCUCCAAGAGCUGGUGAAGUGAGUGGGGGUCACGGCCAGUCUGAGUUCUGUUUCGGGAUGAGCGACGCCAAGCAAGCGCCGAAGGCGCGAGGCGGGAACGCUAGCAGGAGAAGGAACGGCCAGAAGCAGAAACUGUCGUCGAAGCACGACGUCUCCUCCGGCGAUGAGAUGCCGAGACCACAUGCAGCAGUAUAGAGUAGCUUAACCCUCCGGUGUAACAAUGCUGGUCCUUGGUGCCCUGCUGGCCGUGUCAAGGGUCGCUCCGUCACUCGGUAGUGCGGGCAGCGAGCAGGGCGUCGGCCGGGGUCGCCCGCCGGUAGGCCUGUAAGAGGAUGUAGUAACGUGUAGUAGAACACAUCGGUUCAUGCUAUUGCUACCGCAUUCUUUUCUCUCGGCUCGUGAUGCCGUGUGUUGUACCGUGGCGUUGGACCUUCUAAGAUUCAUGAUACGGUGUUCAUCGCUGUUGCAGUGAAGUCUCCUUGCGGUAAGAAAUGUAAAAGAACAGAUUCUAACAGUCA